ACAACAUUCGUAUCUUUUACGUGCUAAAAAUUUUAAUAUAGUUUCCAUUUUAAGCAAAGUGAGGUAUAUAUUUGGGUAUGGAUUGAACCAACCAAAACAUAGUGAAUAUUAUGGAAUAUUAUUGAUGUUACUGAAUGAUUAUCACACAUCCAAAAACUGAAAUGAAUUGAAAAGAAAAUCAUCUGCAUAAAUGGCGGCUAAAUUAUGGAGUGUACGAACUGCUCUUCUAUUUCUUCACAGAGCAGCAAAAUCCAAAGAAGCUACCGCAGAAUUGAGGACCGAAGACAACGUUCUCCUCAAUUUAUUCACUCCUGCUCAAGAUCAAAAUAAACACGAUGAUGAAUUCAUUGAUUGUGGUCCUUCUCCUCCCGCCGAUGAAAUUCCUUUCGUAUUUGAGACAUUCGAAGAUCCAGGUUACGAAAAUGAAGUCAAAAUAUGUCAACAUACUAUAGAGCAAAAUAUACUGGAGCACAUGCAGAGCGUUUUUGGUAGAACCAGUCUUUUAGAAGAAAUAAGUUCGAACCGAGUAGAUACGAAGAAUAUUUUAGGGGUUUUUUUCGGUGCUUCACGUAUAGAACUGAAUAUAACUUUCUUGUGGGCGUCGUUUGUGAAACGAUGGGAUCUGUUGGAGAGUUUAUUGUAUUUGGGAGCAGAAUUGAAUUAUUUUGAACCGGCUCAAGGGUUGAGUGCACUACAUCUAGCAGCUUUCAGCAAUUGCAUUAGUAGUAUGCAGUUUUUAAUAUCCAAAGGAUGCGAUAUCAACGCUUUAUAUAAAUGUUAUACCCCUCUACAUUGCGCUAGUUUCGGCGAUAGUGUUGAAGCUACUUUAUUUCUAAUCAAAAAUGGCGUCAAUAUUGAUGCUUUCACCAAUACGUUAUAUGAAGAAAACGAAAGUGCGCUCCAUUGCGCAGUUAGAGCCAAUUCUAUAAAUUGUGUAAAAGUUUUGGUAAGACACGGUGCCGAUGUUGAUUGUUCUGAUUACUCUCCAAUACAUUUGGCUGCCGAUUUAGGAAAUUCAGAAUGCAUAAGAUAUUUAUUAGAUGGCAAAGGUGCGAAUGUUAACGGUAAAACUAAAGAACAAGAGCAAUCUCCUCUACAUUUGGCUUCAAUGAGAGGACAUAAAGAAUCCAUAUUUGUUUUGCUUUCUAGAGGUGCCAAUCCAGACUCAAAAGAUCACAUGGGACAAACAUCUUUGCACCUUGCUGCUAGAGCUCAAGAUAUAGAUUGUGUGGAAUUGUUAUUGUCCAAAGGCAACGCAAAUCCAAAUAUAAGAGACUAUGAUCGUCGAACGCCUUUACAUGCCGCUAUAGGAAAAUCUACUAGAUCUAGUAAGAUCAUAGAAGCACUUAUACAAAAUGGAGCUAACCCUAACGUUGAGGAUCAAUAUGGAUACACACCAUUACAUAUAGCUGCCCUAAAGGGUUUUUCUGAAUGCGUAGAAACUUUAAUUUCCCAUGGAGCAGAUGUAACGGCAAAACAUAAAUGUGGUUCAACUGCUUUGAGUGUAAUUAGAAAAAAAGUUCCAGGUACUUUUGGUAUGUUUGUCAAAAAAUUGGAUCAGGCUAUUACUUUGCACAAUACUGAUACUUAUAAUAACGAAUUAGAGCUGAGAUUAGAUUUCAGGGUGAUAUUACAGCAUAACAACCCGGGAGAGAUUAACUUUCUAUUCACUUUAGUAGAGGAAGGUUACAAAACAAUCUUACUGCACCCUUUAUGCUCAGCCUUACUCUAUAUCAAAUGGAGAAAAAUCAGAAAGUACUAUUUAGCGAGGAUCUUCUUAUAUUGUGUUUUCAUGUUAUGCUUGUCUUUGUAUGUACUGACAACGCUUGCUCACCAUUGUUAUAAUUAUGGAAAAAAUUUCAAAGAUUUGAAUCCGGAAGAUGUAAUAGAACUGUGCGAAAAAAAUUCUUUACUGGGUUCUUUUUUAAGAGAUAGUCCUUUUGUAAUGGAAAUGCAGUGGUUUGUUUUGGUAGGUAUAACAUCCAUAGAAAUUCUCAGGAAAUUAUAUGGUAUUGGUGGCUACCAUUCCUUAAGACAAUAUUUCUCUUUUCCUGAAAAUAUAAUUGAGUGGUUUGUUAUCGCUAGUGUGUUUGUUAUAUCUUUUAUAUAUACUGGUAGAACGUAUCUUUGGCAAAAUCAUGUUGGAGCUUUCGCCAUAUUACUAGGUUGGACUAAUAUAAUGCUAAUGGUAGGACAGCUACCGGUUUUCGGUAUUUAUAUUGCCAUGUAUACUAGAGUUCAAAGUGAAUUUGGUAAAUUACUUUUUGCUUAUUCCGGCGUACUCAUAGGAUUUACUCUAAGUUUCUGUGUCAUAUUUCCAGAUUCGAAUUUUUUUGCGAACCCGUUCAUAUCCUUGGUUACCAUUAUAGUUAUGUUAUCAGGUGAAUUGAAUUUAGAUAUUUUAGUCGAUGAUAAUCCAGAUAAUCCUCACUAUUUAUUGGAAUUUACAGCACAAGUAGCGUAUAUAAUUUUUGUUUUGACUGUUACUAUAAUUCUCAUGAAUCUUUUGGCUGGUAUAGCAGUAGAUGACAUUAAAGGAUUACAAAAAACUGCUACUCUUUCUAAACUAGUGAGACAAACUGAGCUAAUAUCUCACAUGGAGAGAGGAUUAUUCAAUGGAAGUCUUCCUAGGUAUAUUUUAAAACGUUUACACGUUUCAGCUUUGGUAUCUCCGAAACCUUCGAAAGUAGUUUUGAACGUCAAACCUUUGAACCCAAAAGAAACUCGACUACCUAAAGAGAUAAUUAAGGAAGCUUAUUAUGUCUCCUUGAAGCAAAAUAAUGCUCCUUAUUACAACCACGUUCUAAGUGAACCUGGCGAAAAUUAUUGGUUUAAUAACGACAUAACUAAAAAGGAACAUUGCUUAGAUAAACAUUCGUUAUCUUUGCUCCAGAGAGAAAUGAAAAAGAAAAAUGAAGAGCUUGAAAAUUUGAGAUUAUCUAUUCAAGAAAUGAAGAGAGCUUUUGAUGAUCACCAACAAAAUAUGGAACAAUUUAUGAAAAUUUUAGUACAUAAAAGAAAAAGCAGUAGAUGCUAGCAGCUUAUGCCUAAUUUGACAAAUUUCUCAAUCAUUUUUUCAGGUAUGGCAUAAAAAUUGAUAAUACUAUAUUAAUGUUUUGUCAACAAAGAUGCCCUUACGCAUAUUUAGACGUAUGGAAGGAAAAUAUAGAAUAUACAAAAUAUAUUUCUAGGAUUCGGGACUACCAAAUAAUUUAAUUCCAUAAAAAGAUCACCAACCUUUAUAGGAAAAAUUCAUUCAUUUAUAAAUCGUUUAAUUAUUAAUUAUAGAAGACUAGCGAUAUUCCCAGGUCGCUAAUUCCAAAUAUCCAUAUUCAUUAUGGUCAAUAGAGAAAAUAACACUCCCUACGAGAGUCGGAUAUUCGUCACGCUUGAUCUUUAAUAAACUUAUCAGAGAAGAUAGAAUUUAAAAGUUCACUAAAUGCCUAUAGGCAAAAUGGUUAUGUUAGGUUAGCUUUUCUGCUCACUUUUUUAAAUGCUCCGUGAUUGUAAGCAUCUUCCCUCCUGUUUAUGAGGAUCUCCGUUCCAAUAGAGCUCUUGGCUUUUGGCAUCACUUCCAUGAUGUUUCUCCCCUUUUCAAGACCUUGCCUUUGGAAAACGUAAAAUUUUCGCAAACAAUUAAACUUUUUCCACGUUCACAUUCAAUAACUGAAACCGACAUUUUUCAAUAUGAAAAGAAAAUGGACAUGUUUAUUUCAGAUUUGAGGUAUAUAUACCUAAUAACUAUUAACCUAUUGUUCGGAACUAAUUUUGUAUCCUUUUAUUUGAAGAGAUUAAUAAUUUUCAAUUGAAGGAUUUCUAAUUUGUAUUUUUGAGCAAGAAAAGCAGCAAUGAAAUGAUAGAUAAUUACGUAAGGUUAGGUUCUGUUGAACGAUAGAAAUAUUACAGAUAGUGUAAGUCUGAUGUCCUAAUUUCGAUGAGAAAGAAAGAGACGAAAAGGUUACACUCGAUUCUAUAUGUUUCGCUCUAUGUUUGGGUAAACCUUUCACUCUAUAUCUCUCUCGUACGGACUGCAGUAUCUUAAAGGUUAAACACACACAAAAUAUGUUUUAAUGGUGAAGAUUAUAAGUCAUAUGUACAGCUUAUUCUAACAACAAAUUUUUCUUCGAAAAAAAAUCGUCAUUUAUAACCGUGGACGGGAUGACACAAUUUUUAUGAGUUAAUAACCAUGGCCAUUAUGAAAUUAAUUAAACGAACGACCAUCUAUCAUUGCUGCCUUCCUUGCUCAAACAUAUAAAUUAGAGAUCCUUCUAUGAAUAAUGAGUUGAAAUAAAUGGAUAAAAAUUAAAUUUCAAAAAUUCAAAUUUACAAAUUUGAAAAGCUUACAUUGUUGUUUAUUUUUCAAUAUAGUCUCAAUUUUUUUCGAUACACUUUUAUAGACGGUGAUGCAUUUUUUGCAUUCCUAAGUCGAAGAAGUCUCCCGCAAAUGAGUUGAGGAAGCGUGUAAGCUCUGUUCGGACUUCAUCAUCCCUUCUCAGGCCACCGGGCUACGGGAUAAAUCCGGUUUGAACAGGGGAUGGAUCCAUAUUAACGACCUAUGAUCGAGCGUUAUCGGGAAGGAGGACUAUUCCCUCCGGCGAUUCAGGAUUGCUCACAGGAGUUUGGUCAUAAUAUCUAUCUGAGUUUAUGGUCGCCCCAGAUUCCAUAACCUUUCCUGCUGACUCCGUUGGUUUGAAUUUCUAUGGUGGCGGUGAUCCAGAGUGACGCCAAUGACCAGAUUGUUGUGUUGUUUCGGGAAUUUAAUGAAACCCCCACUUUUAAUUUCCUGAAACAAAUUCUUGUUGCCUACCCCCUCACAUUGUUGACAAAUCUUACGAGCACAGUCAAGGCGUUGAUACUUGUCCGUGAGUCGGCAUCCGAGGAAUCCAACGAACAUUCACCUCGCGAUAACCUAUCGUUUCUGUGAAAGUUCUUUCAAUUGUGUCAUAGGAAGCUUCAGAAAGGCAUACAACAAGUUCACGAACAGUGACUAUCCGAUUUUUGUACGGUUCACUUAUCAUCUUCUGAACAAUCGUAUCCGAAACCAGCAGUCUCUCACACUGUUCUUUGUAGUGAUCUUCCGUGCGACCAUCCGCAAAAGACCUGGACCAUUCGAAUGUUUAGGAUUUAAUUUAACAGUGACGAUAUGUAUAUCGUCAUGUCAAUCAUUACAAGUUGUACUUCCUACAACUCCUUGUGUGGGAUCAAAGUUCUUUGUUUAAAUUGUUUUUCAAUAACCACAUUCCCUUUUUUACUGGUUCAGUUCCAUAGUUCUAAGUUAUAGUUCUCCUACUUGGCGAAGAUAACUGGUUUCACACCAUGUAAAUAAGUUGUAAAACAUUGCAGUGUUUUGUGACCUACUCUUAUGAAUUCUAUAUUUCCAUUUCUCUCCCGAUCAUUAAGCAUUUGAUAACUUAAUUUCCCCCAUAUUUUGUAGGUACUCAAUAUUGUGUUUGAAUGUUCAUGUCAUUUCUUUCGAUGAAAUGAAGGGUCGUUUAUAGAUAAUCAGCAAAUCUUUUAGAAGCUUGGCUUCUUAACUGAUUUCAACCUAAAUUCUUUUUUACUUUUCUCUGUAGCAUAUUCAUUUUCAAUUUGCAAUUUGCAAUUUGCCAAAAUCUAAUUGAUCUGCUCUUCUUGUGAUAUGGUACCAACUCUAAGCAAGCAGGGGCUGAAAUUUAUAGAGUUUGUAAGUUGUAGAAAAGUUACCUCCUUUUUUGUUCUCCUUAUUUUCGCUGUACCGGAUUCAUAACUAUUUAUUUGAGGAGAUAUUAUCAACUCUUUACAAUUUACUGUAAUUCUCUCUGUUAUCUUUAUUGAAUCUAUAUUUUUUUAGAGUUAUUAGGUAGCCUUUCGUGCCCAUUUGACCUACUACUUUUAUACCUACAUUACACUAAGUUUAUUACUUCAUAUUAAACCUCAACCUCAUCAAGUUAAAUAAAGCUUUGGUGAAAAAAUGGUAAUACCACAUCAAUACAACAAAAAAAUGUAGUUUUCUGACUCUAAGGAAGCUGAUCAAAAAGAAUGAGUUUAUCAUUGCAGAAACAAAUUUAGUCCUUUAGAAUAUCAUUAUAGAUAUGAGCGUGAAAUGAAAUAUACCGUCAAUUGAUAUGAUUAGCUGAUUUAGCAAACAUUUUUUAUUUUAUUAUCUAAAUCUGAGUUGGGCAGAUAUACUCAGUUUUUUUAAUUGAAUUAGUCAUCGCAUCUGCUGAUCUCAUCUCAGAUUUAGAUAGGAUUGAAUUGAUAAAGAUGUAAUAUAUCGGUUAAAUCAGAUAUGUACCUAAACUGAAACAUCGUUUUUUGAUUUUAUUAAUAAAAUAUUGAAACGAA